AAUCUUGAUAUGGCCGACUGCACCUCCAUUAAAAUUACAGUUAUCUCAUAAUUCACUACCUAAACAGCUCCAUCUUCUCAUUCAUCUUGGCGUGAAACUUGUUCGAUUUAACGAUCGUCUGGAACAAGACUAGGUACAUUUUCUGGUGAUGAGGCACAUUGCCAUUGUAAAACCUUGUCUCGAAGAAGUAAACAUGCUCAUACCACUACUUUUCUGUGUAAUCUUCGUCCAUAAUUCAAACACCCAACAUUUUUCGACAUCCGAAGAUGUCAAAGCUUUGAGUGAGUUGCCAUUGGAAAGGCUGUUAUUGGUGCAGAGAUCUUUCGAAAUAAAUGACGAAAAUCUGACGGAUGACUCAGCAGAAAGCAGGAUAGAUUUCCCCGGGCCUGUGGCUCUCAGACUGAAAAACCCCAGCAGGGGAGGCUAUGAACACGAGCACGAGCAUUACGAGUACGAUGAGCACGAUCAUAAAAAGGGCGGUAAGGAUGUGAAAAACUUUUUUCAACUAGCUGUCACAGCCUUGGCCUUCCUGGCCUUUGGUGGCUAUCUUUUAUGCCUUAUCGUACAAGCCAUAAAGAGCAAACAUAUGGACCAAAUGACCCAGAUGGCUAACAUGCAGAUGAUGGCCGCCAUUUUGAAGAAACAAAUAGCUAGAAAAAGAACGAGUAGACCUAGGAGAACAAAACCUACGAGAACCAGGAAGAAUAAUGGAGGAAAGAAGAGACCAAGAAGAGAAACUGGAAUUUGGCCUGAUGCUGACCCAGAGAAAAUGUAUUAUGCUUUGGUCUCUUUGUCUGAAGCAUAUACCAACCAGCAUACAAUAGAUUACAAAAAUUUUAAUCGCACAGCGAAGUUUUUCAACUGAAUAAAUCGAAAAAGAAUUGUUCGAUUGUUAAACAU